UACUAGAAACCAUGUGUUCCCACCCACCGUUUUAAGACCCCUCCGUCCCGACCCUCCUCCUGCCGCGCCAUUCGCAGCAACAAGCUAGGCUUGCUUCCUCAGCAGCUUAAGCGCGCCAUUGCCGGUCGAGAGCGCGCGUGGGGUGUAGCGAGCUGCCUGUGUCGUACUUGUUGUGCACAGCGGCAUGGGCAACCUGAUGUCGGCGGGCGCGGGUGCGGCCGCAGCGAGCGGAGGGAAGGUGGUGAUGGCGGACGGGAGCGUGCGGGCGCUCAGCGAGCCCGUGUCCGUGGCGGAGCUCAUGAUGGACCACCCGCGCCACUUCGUCGUCGACGCGCGCGUGCUGCAGCAGCGGAAGGGCGGCGCGGGCGGCGGAGCCAGAAAGGUCGCGCCGCUGCCGGCCGACCACGUGCUGGGCGCCGGCGGACUGUACGUCCUGCUGCCGGCCACGCGCGGAAAGGUUUCCGCCGACGAGGCGCGGCGCGUGCUCACCGCGUCCCGGUCGCUGGCGCGGUCCAAGUCAAUGCCCGGAGGGCUGAUGAGGAAGAUGUCGUCUCGGAAGAGCCGCGACGCCGAUGGAUCAGCCAAACACGAGGCGGCAACGGAAAUGGAGAGGAGGGAGGAGCCGGCGGCGACGGAGACGGACGGGUUCGAGGAGCACCGGCCGGAGUUCCUGAGCAGGGAGCUGUCGUGCAGGGGGUGGAAGCCCAGCCUGAACACUAUCGAAGAGCGAGUCAUGCCCAAGAAGGUCUCCCAUUGGCUCUUCUGAGUUUCUGUCCGAUCGAUGACCGGAGAAGGUGAGCCGAGUAGGCUUCUUUGACUUGUCAUCGUCGGAAUCUAGUAAUCUUUUUCUUCCUUUUGCUUAUUUUUCUCUUUCUUUCUUCGCUAAAAUGCUUGUCGUCUAUGUCCGUCAAAUGCAUGUGUAACGAACCAUGUAAUUUGCGUUUGAUGAGAUAGUAACAAGUGAAAUCUCCA